AUGCAGGGGCAUGGUAUACUCAUAAGCCAUGUAUAUUUUGCAGGUCUUAUCUUCUUUGUGGUAUUUUCCUCCGUAAAAAUUUACCCAAUGAAUGGAUUUAGAUUCAAGACAGCCAUUCCUACAGCUUCAGAUUCUAAGGGGCUAAUUUCAAAUAAUGGCGUGUAUUUCUCAUCAAAUACCCACCUUUUUAAGAUUCAAUGUAGCAAAUACAAUUUAAUCAGCUCUUGUGAUGGAACUAUCAGAAGCUUCGGAAUAUGCGGCGACUACUCAAUUCUUUGCACUCAAGAUAGGGUAGUUCUGAACCAUUUCCAGACUUUUAUUGGGUCGUUAAAGCGAUCUGCAUCGGCCAUAGAUGUCUACAGUGACUUCUUUGCCAUUGGUGUUGAUAAUGUACUGGAAGUGUGGAUGAUGCCAAAAGAAUACAAAUUCACACUUUUUAGCUUACAUUCAAAGAAUAUUGGCCACUACAGGUGCAUCAGAUUCAUCAAAAUAUUAAAUAGCACACAAAUAGUCACAGCAUCAGAUGACUGUACGGUUCGUGUGUUUGAUAUUUUAAGAAAAAAAUCAAAAAUCAUAGCAUCUCUCAAUGAUAUUCCUGUUGGCUUACACACAAACAAUCAUAUCAUUGCUGUGACAUGUAAAAACGGAAGUAUUACUUUUUUGAAUACAGAGUCUAUAGAAUAUAAAAAUGUGAAAUUCGAUGCCAAUAUCGUUGCAUCUGCUUCGUUUGAAAACAUUUUAGCACUGUGUCUUGAGAAUAUGAUAAUACCAAAAGAAGACCUUAAAGAAUCGAUAUUGCCAAUAAAUGCCCAAUCUUCCAAGCAAGAAGUAUUGAAAAAAACAGUCGUCGUUAUUUUUAAAGAUUUUGAAGAGAUUUAUAGAGGAGAACUUGACGAUAAAGUAAUUGAGCUCGCAUUGGAAAGAAAUACUUUGUACGUAAGAACUCCCAGCUUUAUUGGAGGCUAUGACAUUCGCAGUGAAUCGUUUGUGUUUUUACUUGAUUUGCCCAAAAUAUUGAAUAUUACUCCACUUAAAAAUAUGAUUGCAGCAGGGUGUGCCGAUAGAAAGAUCAGGAUCUACAUGGAGACAUUAUGCAUUAAGACACUCUACGACCCAAAUUCGAAAGGCGAUAUUCUGUAUACUCAUUUGUCUACAAACAUCUGCACGGCAGUAUACACUACAGGAUAUGUUUCUUCAUUUAAUAUUAAUGAUUCGCAUUGCUUUAGAUCCUUUUUGGUUUCAAGUGAGCCGUUAAGCGCUUUAUCCUCAAGCUGCAUGAGCGAUGAUGGAUGCUUUCUUUUUAUUUCGGAGCAAGCAAAUAUAAAAGUAAUUGAUCUUAUGAGAUCUAAGCUUGUUGAAAGUAUACAUCUCAAAUCUCCAAUAAUUUCAACAGCAUUUUACAGAAAUUAUCUUUAUUGCAUUGAACUUGACAAAACAUUGUCAAAAAUUAAUGUAUUUUCGGGACACACUGAGAAUGUGAUGAUUGAGGAUAUUCCAACCAACAUGACUGUCAAAAAUCUGAGCGUUGUUGUUUCGACUGUUAAGGAUAUACUGAUCUAUGAUCUUGAUAUUAACUUUGCCACUCUUUUUCAGUCCAGCUUGAGGCACGUAAGAGAAAUGAAAUGUAUAUUAGAUCUAAGCCUGUAG